GUUUGCGAUGACGGGCACUCAGGAGUACAUGACAUUCUUCAGAGGCAGCAACCAGACCUUGAAAGGUUUCUUCGCAAUUGUAAAUAUGGACCCAAUCGAACAGAAUCGAAAGAUGGCCCUGUCGGCUAUUGUGAAUCUCUCGGCGGAUGCGAUCGUCGCAGAGCACAUGAUCCAGAGCGAAGGAAAGAAUAUUGUCUCCAUGUUAAUACGAGACAUCUUGGACCCGGAAUCCGAGUUCGCGGAUCUCUCCUGCAAUAUUAUCUCAAAUCUGACGCGCUACAGCAACGAGGCUUGUCACAUCAUCCUCUCGUCGACCGUGGGUCCUCCGGUCCCCAAGCAAGAAACCGGCACUGCACCGCUCACCACGGAACAGCACGAGCCCAAAGAGGGCGAGGAAACUUCGCCGGCCAUCUACAAACUACUAGAUACAUUUGCCCUCGAGGGCUACAACAAGAAAAACCAGAAGCUUCACUGGCUCGGUGCAGUAUUUGCGAACAUAUCUCGACUUCCAGAGGGCAGGGCGAUAGUGAUCAACAAGGAGAAAUUCGCCUUCCAGCGACUUCUUACAUUUUUAAAUCAUACUGAACCUGUUCGAAGGGGCGGAGUGGUUGCGAUGAUUCGCAAUGUGGCGUUCGAUGCCGAGCUACACAUGUGGUUGCUUGGUGAUGACGUAAACAUCUUGCCUGCACUAUUACUACCGCUGGCGGGACCAGAGGAGUUUGAUGAAGAGGAGAUGGAGGGCAUGCCUGAUGAUCUGCAGUAUCUGGACGAUGAUAAAACUCGGGAGCCCGAUAUCGCACUGCGCAAGAUGUUGGUAGAGACCCUGUUACAGCUGUGUACGACGCGAUCGGGGCGUGAUACUUUGCGCGAGAAGAAGGUCUACCCAAUCAUCCGCGAGCUUCACAAAUGGGAGAAAACUGACUACUUAGAAAAAUCCAUCUACGAUCUGGUGCAAAUACUGCAAGGCGAUGAAGAUGAUAUCACAGACAAUCUAAGGAAUCUUGCAAUUCCUGAAGACCUAUCGGAGAACCCAACGUACAACGAAGACGCGCAAGCUAUAGACGCGCGGGAAGCAGAGAUGCUGAAGGAGUCGCAGUUCGGCGAUUCCCAUACAGUCCAGCCAUUCUGAUCACGUGUUGCCCACACAUAUGACACGCACGUCGGCAACGUGAGGUUGAGUUGUUUGCAACCAGUGCAUAGCCGUGUGCUGUGCUAGUUGCACCGAUCAAGUCGAUGGAAUAAAUAGGCGCUCGCGCAAAGUAUUGUUAUGAA